AUGGAUCAAUUCCAAGAAAUCGCUGAUAAUUUUAAAAAACUACAGAUUCUUGAUCAAAAACUCAAUGAACUGAAGUCACGUGCAGAAGCUCCAGCCGAAAAACCAGUUCAAGUGAAGGAAGAAAAUGUCGAACUUCAACUUCUUCUCGAAGAACUUGAACAACAGCAAAAAAUAUCUGUUCAACUAUCAGAAUAUAACACGAAAUUACAAAAGCGCUUACAAAAAAAGAAGUCUACACUUAUAAAAGUUCAGGAUGAAUUUGAUGUUUUCAAGAAAUCACAAAAUGAUUUCAUUCAAAAACGAAAGAAAGUAUUCCAAGAACAGCAGGAUAUUGAAGAACAAAAUGCCCUCAAAGAAGAAAAAAGAUUAAAAUCAUCUUUGCAAUUAUUACUCGAUAGAAAUCGUAACUUAAAAGAUGAGAAACAGUUAAUCGAAAAUAAGCUUGCUGUGAUGAAAAACAACUCUGCAAAGAACAAAAAGAAAAAUUAA